UUUUUUGAAAAGCACACAUCACCUUUAAAAGGUAUGGAAGUCCUUGAUGAUGACGACAAAAGGGAAUUAGAUCCUGUAAGGAAAAGGUUAUUUGUAGAUGAUAGUUUUACCGAUGGGGAUGAUCUUGUUGAACAAGGAGAUGACAGUUCAUUGGUUAUUCUAGAAGAAGAACCAUUUCUCACAUCUUCCCCCAUUAAAUUUCAGCAAAAUAUUAUAUUAGAGGCACCUCACAACGACAAUUCCAUUAAGGUUGCCCUUGAUGAAUCACCAACGAAGAAACGGAAGACGAAAACAGACAUUAAUCUAACGCCCAGUAAUGACUGCCCAGGACAAGAUGCCAAAGAUAAUCAAGUUGAAGAAGAUCUUCUAAAAGAAGAUGAACUUUUCAUCGAUAAGAUUUUAUAUGAAACUGAAGAAUUAAAGAAGAUAUUGAAUGUCGAUUCAGAUAGUAAUGAUGAGGAUCUAUAA